CCCCGCACCGGCCCCGCCCUGCGCACAGCGGCCCUGCCGGCUCCAUAUGAGUCGGCUCCCGGGCAAGCGGCUCCGAGAGAAGCCAGCGACCUGCACGCCGCGGGCGAGCGGGGGGCCCCGCCGGCAGAGGCCGCCCGCCUGCCCGAGAACUCUUGUGGGAGCAGUCGAGCGGACCGAGCGCCCGCCCGAGGGGCCGCUGAGGCCGGCGGCGCGCGCCUCUCUCGGUGGGCGGGCUCGCACCCCGGGGUGCGCGCGGUGAGCCCGGGCAGGCAACGCCGCCAUGAUGAACAGCGGCGGGAUCGGGGUCCCGCUGGGCUUCCCCCUGGGCCCGACAUCCGUCAUCCAGGUCACCAACCUCUCCUCGGCCGUGACCAGCGAGCAGAUGCGGACGCUCUUCGGCUUCCUGGGAGAUAUCGAGGAGCUUCGACUCUAUCCUCCGGACAACGCACCUCUUGCUUUUUCCUCCAAAGUAUGUUAUAUUAAGUUUCGUGAAGCGUCGAGUGUUGGUGUGGCCCAGCAUCUAACUAACACGGUUUUUAUUGACAGAGCUUUGAUAGUUGUGCCCUGCGCAGAAGGUAAAAUACCAGAUGAAGCCAAAGCCCUCUCUCUGUUGGCGCCUGCUCCUACUAUGACAAGUCUGAUGCCUGGUGCAGGGUUGCUUCCUAUACCUACACCAACACCUUUGACUACACUUGGUGUUUCACUUGGUACUUUAGGGGCUAUCCCAGCAGCAGCAUUGGACCCUAACAUCACGGCACUGGGAGAAAUACCGCAACCACCUAUUAUGGGAAAUGUGGAUCCAUCUAAAAUUGAUGAAAUCAGGAGGACAGUCUAUGUUGGAAACUUGAAUUCCCAGACUACAACAGCAGAUCAGCUGCUUGAAUUCUUUAAGCAAGUUGGAGAAGUCAAAUUUGUGCGAAUGGCUGGUGAUGAGACGCAACCAACACGAUUUGCUUUUGUGGAAUUUGCAGACCAAAAUUCUGUACCUCGAGCUCUUGCCUUUAAUGGAGUUAUGUUUGGAGACCGGCCACUGAAAAUAAAUCACUCCAAUAAUGCAAUAGUGAAGCCUCCUGAAAUGACGCCACAAGCUGCUGCUAAGGAGCUGGAAGAAGUGAUGAAGAGAGUAAGGGAAGCCCAGUCUUUUAUAUCUGCUGCUAUUGAGCCAGAGUCUGGAAAGAGCAGUGAAAGAAAAGGCGGUCGAUCUCGUUCCCAUUCUCGUUCAGAAUCCAGGUCUAGCUCAAAAUCCCGAUCUAGAAGGAAAAGAUCACACUCAAAACACAGAAGUAGAUCUGGCAACAGAUCUCUCUCAAGACACAAGGACCGACGCAGAUCCAGAAGUCCCCUGAAAAAACGGUCUAGAUCUACGGAAAGACGGAAAUCAAGAAGUCGCUCUCGUUCUCGGGACAAGAAAAGAGACAAAGAAAAGAUCAAGGAAAAAGAAAAAGCCAAAGAAAAAGAGAAAGACAGAGACCGAGACAAGGAGAAGGAUAGGGACCGAGACAAAGACAGGGAAAGAGAGCGAGAUAAAGAGAGAAAUAGGGAGAAGGACAAGGAGAGAGAUAAAGAACGAAGCAAAGAUAGAGAGAGAGCCCGAGACAGGGACAAGGAUAAGGACAAAGACAGGGACAAGGACAGGGAAAAGGAAAAAGAUAAAGAUAAGGAAAAAGACAAGGAAGAGGUAGAUCAGAACAAAGAAAAAGAAGAUACCGAGAAAGAAGGAGACAAGGACAGAGAGAAAAUUAAAGACAAGGAGGGGGAUAAGGACAAAGGAGGGGACAAAGAAAAGGACAGAGAUAAAGAAAAGGAAAAAGAUGGGGAUAAGGAAAAGGAGCGAGAAAAAGAGAGAGAUGAUAAAAAGAAGAAAGAUAAGAGAUCCAGAACACCCCCGAGAAGCUAUAGUUCUUCAAGAAGAUCUCGUAGCUCCAGCAGAGAAAGGCGUAAAAGGAAGAGUAGAAGUCCCUCCAAGUCUCCUAAAACAUCAAAAACUGCAAAAAGAAAGUCUUCACGAUCUCCUUCUCCAAGAAGAAACAAGAAAGAAAAAAAAAGAGAAAGAGAUACAAAUAAUGAAAGAAGAGAAAGAGAACGCUCCACUUCCAAGAAAAAAAGUAGUAAAGAAAAAGAGGGAAAGGAGAAAUCUGACAAAAGCACUACUACUUUGAAGGACAAAGAUAACAAUAAAGAAGAUCAGAAUUCAGAAACUGACAAGGAGGUAGACAAUAGAGAUACACAAAGGACAGAUGAAGUCAAGCUACAACAGAAUGGGAACUGCCAACCAAAUGAAGAAAACCUCUCAAUAAAAAUUGAAGAGGUUUAAAGCAAAGAAUGGACUUCUAAUUCAACUAAGGAAUGAAAUCCAAAGCAUUUGAUUUCCCAGAAUGAGGAAGAAAAUGUUAAAGCAAUCAACUUGAACGUGUUGAUAGUACUAGUCUCUCCUCCAAUUAUUGUGAUAGCUUUGCUGUCUUCUUGCUGUAAAGCAAGAGAGCAUGGACCAGUAGUUAUACCAUGAAAAGGCAGAUGCCAUCAGAACUAUUCAUCUCUGAAAAUCCAUGCAUUUCCAUGAUGGCUGUACUUGUAAAAUGAUUUAUGUUAAGUUUUGCUAUAAGCUGUUACAAGUAACUAGAAACUGAAAGAUGUAAACCUGUACUUCCCAAAAAAAGCUGAAGAUAUGCAUUGAAGGUUGUUUAAAAUACUUCUUGUUUGUUGAUGACUUUUGUAUUGUUUUGCCCUGUAGGUUGAAAAAUCCACAAAAACUUCAAUGUGUGCUGUUUGAUGUGCUUGAAAAUGGUGCAUUUAUACACACUUUCUUUCCUUGUAAAUGACAACUGUCGGGAAAGGGGAUUUAAGCAUAAACAUGGUUUUACUGUUCUUAUGUUAAAUGCUCAUAGAUUAGUAUGUUUUUCAUUUGCUCACUGCUUGAGAUCCUUAGGGUUUAUUAUUUAAAAUAAUUUCAUACUAAUAUCCCUGAAAUUAAUAUUUCUUUUAAAGUAUUUGAAUAAUGCAUGCGCUUUUUCUGUUCCUAAAAGGAACAUUGCCAUGUUAUAGAUACUAGGUUAGCUUACAGGGUUUUUUGGAGUCGUUUUUGGUUUUUUUUUUGGUUUUUUUGUCUGUAGAGAAGUGAGCACAUCUGUAUGGUGAUACCAGAACUUACAGCUUUGUUUUCAAAUGUACUGCAGUGUGUCUGUUCAGCUGAAAAUGGUACAGGUGCCAUUCUGAAAAUAAUUUUUUUUUGUUAAAAAAAAUGGGAGCACAAGCAGAAGCUUUAGUGCCUUCUAAAAAAGUGGUAUUUUCUAGAAAUAUAUAUGUGCUGUUACACAUUUUCAGCUAAAUCUUAUAUGAUCUCUCUUGCUAUUUUGCCACCACCAUACUGUAGACAAGAAUGCAAGUGACUUGUCAGAGUGGUUGUUUGAUUCACUUGUUAAAAUAUUGAAGCUCCAUUUUAUUUUUAUUUUUUAUUCUUAGAAAAGAUUUCUAAAUAAGAGAAAAGAUGUAAUUUGGGGACCAUCACUGUACAAAAGUAGUAGCUGAAUACAAAGUGUGCUCUGAUCACCUGCAUCAAAGAAAGUCCUUAAGAUGUUCAAUCUAUAUUUGGAUGGCCUUAACUGUUACCUCUGUUAUUUCUUCUGAUAUGUGUUGGGUGAUACAAAAGAAAUGAGAUGCAAAGAAAUGGGGGAUAAUAAUUUGUGGAAGAAAGUAUUAAUUUACACAGGGCUUACAUAGUAGAGAUUCUUUUUUAAUUCUUUGUGGAGAAAAGCAUCUGAGAAGAGAAUGACAAAAGUAUUUUUGUCAAGACAAAACAUGGCUUGUGAUCUCUGAACUAGUUUAUUUGGUUACGUGAGAUUUYUGAUCAGUUAUACUUUUAAGACAUACCUAAAAUCGCGUAGGUUAUUUUUUACUACAAUUUAAUGCAAUCAAAUUUCUUAAUUGCCUUACCUCAUGGGAAGUGUUAUUUCUGUUAGUUAAAAUAAAAAAUUAAUAGUG